AUAAUCAUGUCGAUGUUUUCUUCUGCUAAAACUGUAAGCAUGGUUCUGUUUGGGCUUAAGGGCACUGUAAUAGUAAUUAUUGUGCACUAACCUUUCCAGUAAACUAUCAAACUACGCUUUAAUGUUGCCAACAUCACAAUCCUCACUGGGUAUGUCUUCGCCUGGCCCUCCUACAAUGUGGCCAACUUUGUGUCCAACACGACCAUCCUCUCAGCGCCAAUGUCUUCGGUGGAAGUGUCGUUGCUGGGCAGUUUGGCCAACAUCGGCGCUCUGUUGGCCACUCCAUUGUGCACAUAUUUGCUGAACUCUCUUGGCAGGAAGUAUACUUGUAUGCUGUUCGGAUUACCUUAUGUGUUCUGCUGGAUCAUAAUUACAUACACCAAGUCAGUAACCGUCGUUAUAGCAGCCAUGGGGUUAGCAGGAAUGGGGGCAGCUGGCCAGGCUGCUUCCUCAGUCUACAUAUCAGAGAUAGCCCAGGACGCUAUUAGAGGAGCCCUCACAUCCUCAGUAGUCUCUGGAUUAUUCCUUGGUCUCCUGCUAUCUUAUUCUUGGGGAGGAUACCUGAGCUACGAGCAAGUGGUGUACGUUCAUCUGACUCUAUCAAUCCUGUAUAUCCUCCUAGUUGGACUGUUGAAGGAGUCGCCGGUGUUCCUGAUGAAGUCGGGGAAAGAGAAGGAGGCCGCGAGGUCGCUAGCAUUCUACCGUCGAGUGUCGGUGACAUCUAAAGAAGUGGAGGUGGCCUUGGCGAAGAUCAAGCUGCAGCUCGACCCUGCGUUGGAGACCAGGCUAGAAGGAGGGAAAGAUCCUGGAGUAACUGAUGCGCUGGUUGAAGGCAAAGCUGAGGAGAAGAGAGCAGUUUCUGAAUGGCAGUUCUUAAAAAACUCCCAAUCAUCAAAACGUGGACUAAAAGUGGCUAUCAUAGUGAUGGCUUACACAGUGCUGAUGGGCGUCAUAGUUAUGCAGGUGUACGCAGAACCAUUGUUCAAAGAAGCUGUUCCAUCAAUGGAAUCAAAUCAGUGUUCUAUUAUCUUGGCUAUAGUGUUCAUUAUUGCAAGCCUCUUGUGCGGAGUACUUGUGGAUAAACUUGGGAGGAAGUACCUGAUGAUUGGAACGACCUUCGCAGCAGGAGUCUGCAUACUGCUCCUGGGCACGCAGCUUCAAUUCCACUGGGCGCCAAACUACGUCUCAGCAAUCUUUAUAUACGGCUUCUGCUUCUUCUACAACCUGGGACCAGCUCCGAUACCCUUCGUGAUAGCUGCCGAGUUCUUCUUACCUGAGGUGAGAGGCCUCUGCAGCAAUCUCGUCAACGCUUGCGCGUGGAUCAUGAACUUUAUCACGCUCACCAUCUUCUCCAUCAUGGUUGAGGUCUUCGGCUUAGCGCCAUUGUUCUACAUAUUCGCCGCAUCCAGCGCCUUCGGAGUCGUCUACUGCCUCUUCUACUUACCAGAGACCAAGGGUCUUUCUGUUGAUGCUAUUCAACUGCUUUUUAUUAAAGAAAGGAGGCGAGAUGCUAAAUAAAUACCUCACUAGACCAGUUAUGGACUGUCUGAAAUGAGUGUAGUAGAGGCAAGGGGCCAGUUACAAUAUUAUUUGUAAGUGAAAUGUACGUACGUUGCUAGUGAUAGGAUAUAUUUUAUAUCCGCCUGGAUAGCGACCACCGUACACAAGGUGGUAAAACCUAUAGUGGUCUAGUGUGUCGCGUUCCGGAAUCAGUCUGAGUAUAUCUGGUUCCAAUAGGCCGGCAUAAUUGUGUCGACUGUCGAGAGUUAAUCAUCUCUGGUUAGUCGACAUUCUACUGGACCCCACUCUAAUUACCACAGGUGCAGUGGGGUAACUCUGGCGUGUACAUAUAAAAACUCUGUUUUUGUGAAAACAGUGAACGUAUUUCUGUAUAUAAUUAAAUACAGGCCACUUUUGGACUUGUGGUUACUCCUUAGUAUUUAUAUUGGUUGGUUUUCAAAUCAAGGCAUUUAUUAGUGUGAUCUUAAGAUAUAAGUAUAUCCCACCUUUAGAACUAAAGUGACCGAACUUAAAAAAGAUGAUUUGUGGAAAACGAAUAAAAAAAGAUUGGAAUACAAUAUAGAAGGCAGUGAAUUUGGCGGUCGUCCAAAGUGAGAAUCUCUGUUUCUAUUCUGUAAUUUUGUCUUUUUCUCGUCAUAGGGUUACAGAGCAUGUUUUGGAGAGUAUCUAUAAACAAAUCAUAAAAUAUAUAAAUUUUGAGUUAGGUCACUUUAGUUCUAAGAGUGCGAUAUAUUGACGGUUGAAAGGCUAAUUGACUUAAGUGAGAUUUUUUUUCGAAAAAAUUUGCUAUUUAAAAAAAAAAGAAAAGAAUGCUCAUUUUUAAUAUCUAUGAAACUUGUGUCGAAAAUUAGCCUUAGAACCGUCGAUAUUAUUUUUCAUAAAAAUAAUGUAAUUUGUGAAUGUGAUAUAAUGUUAAAAUUACUUAUUAAAAUGUGUUUUAAUUUAUGGUA